AUGUCAACACAAUCAUCACACCGUCUCUACAUCCUCGACACAGAUCUAUCAACCAAUGUAUCUACAAGGAACGGGAGGAUAUUAUCCUGCCGCCCCGACGGCAGCGACCUCCGCACUUUGGUCGACGGCAUCAAAAACCUCCCAGACGGCAUCGUCAUCGACCACGCUCGCGGCCACAUGUACUGGACCAGCAUGGGCACCAGCUUAUCGGUGGAUGGCGGGUCCAUCGAGCGCGCCAACCUGGACGGCUCAGACCACAAGACCGUGGUCGCGCCAGGAACCGUCGGCGUCUUCACCCCGAAGCAGAUCACCCUCGCCCGCCGCAGCCGCAAGCUCUACUGGUGCGACAGGGAGGGGAUGAAGGUCAUGCGGGCCGACGCCGAUGGCUCCAACGUCGAAGUGCUGUGCUCGACGGGUGACGCGGCCGUCGAGGUCGAGAGGUGCGACCAGACGAGGUGGUGCGUCGGCGUGGCCGUCGACGAGGAUCGCGGCUUUGUCUACUGGACGCAAAAGGGCCCGUCCAAGGGCGACAAGGGGCGCAUCUUCCGUGCUCCCAUCGGCCAGUCGCCGUUCGCGCCCGACGACGUCGAGGUUCUGAUCGACGGGCUGCCGGAACCCAUCGAUCUCGAGGUGGACGAGGAGACGGGCACGCUUUACUGGACCGACAGGGGCGAUCCGCCGACGGGGAACUCGCUCAACAGCGUCAGCGUUGCUGCCGUGGAGGGGCUUAAGAAUGGGACCGCCAGGGGCCAGGUCCGAGCCCUGGCGAGGAGGCUGCACGAGGCCAUCGGGUUGACCUUGCAUAAGAGCGAGGGCAUAUGCUAUGUUACGGAUCUGGCGGGAGGCGUAUACGCGGUUGAUAUAAAAAAUAGCCAGAAGACUGUAAUUUUCAGCGAGUUGGGAGAUAUUACUGGCAUUGCGCUGGCUUGA